CACACAACAACACCCAGCAACAGCAACAAGCGGGUUGGGCAGUUGGGCAAAGAGAUAUCCACGCGGUGUAUGAUACCGAAUGCAGGCGUACUGUCGAUCAACUUUUCCAACACGAAACUCUAGGAUUUUCCAACACGAAACUCUAAGAGAUUACGACGACAUCAACUGAGGCAAGGGUGUGCAUUUUAGUUUUUCCUCUUCCUCUCUCUGGGCCCGAAGUAGGUAUGUCUGAAGGGGCUGAUUACGACGGUCUGAGCCUGGCCGAGGCGAUACGACAAUUGAAAGAGAAGGAUAGACAGAUCGCUAAGCUCGAGGCGGAGUCGUACAAAGGAAGUGUUCAGGAGAUGCUUUACAGCUUUGGUGGGAUCCCUGAUAUGCCAGACAUAGGACUGCCUCCUCACCAACACUCCAGACCUGGUGCUCCAUUCUCAAUUAGAGAGGACUUUGUCACGCCGGAGGAUCUGAACUUUACGAUCCGCGUGAAGCAUCAAGAGGAACACAUCAAGUCUUUUUUGGGUUACAACCAUCUCGACUCAAACUCUGACGGUACAACAACCCUUUCCUACCACAACGAGGCAACGGUUGCCGCCUAUGUGGAUGGCGUGGUGAAAAUGUGCUUGAAGACGUUGGGAUAUUUCGAAAACACUCGCGUGUUCAAGGAGAUGACACUUUUCUCCCUACGACCUGAUUUGAUUGUGGUGGAACACCCAAACGAGGGAAUAAUUUUGGUGAUUGAAGUCAAGAUGCCUGGUGAGGUGCUGUUUAAUCCCACGCGAAUUGCGGAGGAAGUGGCGCAUUCUCUAUUGCUUCAUUUUGGCUAG